UAUCUCAUUUUCCAGAUAAUCUAGGUUUAUUUCGGAUUCUAAAUAUACCAAAGGACGAUAUAACAAGUGUUUUAAUUGGACGGCAAUUUUUCGACGUUUUACUUUCGUUUUGAAACCGACAACACUGUUUAUGAUUGUACGAUAGAAAAGAUCACAACUCUGAUGAUGAUUUCCAACCCAACCUGACCUAUGAGGAACGCAUUGAAUCAGCCAUUGCAGAUAUUGGUUUACUCAGAAAUUACUCAAGACCAGCAAAGAGGUCAAGGACAGCAAAACAGAAACCAGGUCCAAAAGCAAGAGUAGUCCGGUUAAGAUUUUAUCUGCUUCCAGAUGGCAGUGACCUUCCCAAGUUCACAAAACCAGACCCGCUUAUUGAGAGGCAUCAAAAUUUAGGAUAUGGAUUUCCAGUGAUGUACUACAACAAUUUCAAGGGCAAAAACCAUCCUGUGGCACUCCACCUUAGUGAAGAUGAGUUUAGAGAAAUAUUGCAAAGACUUUUCCCAAAGCUCAUGAACAAGACGUUCAACCUGUACACACAGAAUCAAAGAAGGAAGUUGACUGAGGCACCAUUUCAUCCUCAACACUUCAAGGACCUGAAGUACCAAGGAGUUGUAAUAAUAAAAAUCCAAGAUGCUACAGGAAAUUUAGUGAAUCCUUCAAACAGCUUAACAGUUCCUACUUCAACUGCAGCACUUGCAACAUCAACCCAACCUUCAACUUUUAGACCAGUUCCCAUAUCAACUCCAGCCAGGCCAGUACCUGUAUCUACGCCAGCCAGGCCAGUACCUGUAUCUACGCCAGCCAGGCCAGAACCUGUAUCUACGCCAGCCAGGCCAGAACCUGUAUCUACGCCAGCCAGGCCAGUACCUGUAUCUACGCCAGCCAGGCCAGUACUAGCACCUUCUCCUACUACUACAAACAGAGAGCAGAAUAAAAAGGGAAAAAAACAAUUUUCCUCUUUUUUCACUCUAAUUUCUGACAAGUGCAAUUAG